AGAGAGGAACACGAUAGCCGAGACUUUCCGAGCCAAAAGCAGUUGAGCUGAGCGGUAACUCGCGAAGGCCUCGCUCCAAACUCGGCUUCAGUCUUGCUCGGUAUCGCUCUCGGGGUGGACCACCACGAAAAUCAUUCCGAGUGAAUUUUCCCGCUGAAGAAACACCGGAAACGAUCGAUCCGAGCGGCGACAUCGUUUGCCGAUCUCGUCUCUUUCGUUUCGAGUUUUUUCGCUCGAAUGUCACGCCUCGGCGAGGGCCGCGAUCCCCUCGAGCAAACGAGCCUCUACCAACGGGCUGAAAGUGAGGACAGCGAUGCCGAGGGAGGUUUGGGGAACGUGAGCAGGCUGAUAAUCCGUCCGCCGGGGCACAGCGGCAAAGCGAAGAAGGGUCAUCUGUGCUUCGAUGCGGCGUUCGAGACCGGGAACCUCGGCCGCGUCGACUUGAUAUCCGAGUACGAGUACGAUCUUUUCAUCCGACCGGAUACGUGCAGCCCGCGUCUUCGCUUGUGGUUCAACUUCACCGUGGACAACGUGCGGGCCGAGCAGCGGGUCAUUUUCAACGUCGUCAACAUUUCCCGGAGCCGGAAUUCGUUCCGGGAUGGAAUGACGCCGCUGGUCAAGAGCACGAGCAAGCCAAAGUGGCAGCGGAUACCGCGCAGGCAAGUUUUCUACUACAAAUCCGCGCAGCACCAGAAUCACCACGUUCUCAGUUUCGCCUUCAACUUCGACCGGGAGGAAGACGUUUACCAGUUCGCUCUGACGUAUCCGUACUCGUACACGCGAUACCUCGGCCACCUGGACAACCUUUGCGCCAAGUGCAGUUCGGUCAAACGGGAGACGCUCGCCUCCUCGAUACAGAAGAGGAAAGUCGAGCUCGUCACGAUCACGGGGAGCGAGAUUCCGAAGGAGGAACGCUCGAGGAGAGUCGUCGCUGUCCUGUCGAGAGUCCACCCCGGCGAAUCGCCCUCCUCUUUCGUCUGUCAGGGCCUCAUGGAUUUUCUCGUCAGUGCCCAUCCCAUCGCCCACGUCCUCAGGGAUUACGUGGUUUUCAAAAUCGUCCCGAUGCUCAACCCCGACGGCGUUUUCCUCGGUAAUUAUCGGUCGACGCUCAUGGGCAUGGACUUGAACCGCGCCUGGAAUCGAAUAUCCGAUUGGAUCCACCCGACUCUCUCGGCGACGAAAACCCUGCUCGAGAAUCUUGACAAAAAUACGAAAGAGCCUCUCGACUGCGUGCUCGAUUUGCACGCCCACACGAACGCCGGCGGCCUCUUCGUUUAUGGAAACACGUACGACGACGUUUACAGGUACGAGCGGCACAUCGUCCUGCCAAAGCUGUUGUCUCAGCACGCCGAAGAUUACGAGCCCGGUAACACGAUGUACAAUCAGGAUCCCCACAAGGCCGGAACGGCGAGACGUUUCCUGUGCUCGAUACUCGGCGAGCACGUCAACUGUUACACGAUCCAAGUCUCCAUGUACGGUUACUGCAGGAAAGGAAAUCCCGCGAUGCUGCCUUACACCGAGGAGAGUUACUACAGAGUGGGCAGAAAUUUGGCCCGCGCGCUCCUCGAAUACUACAAACUGACCGGUCUCAUACCCUCAGGACUUCCGGACCAACCGGCAAACAAACGAGACCGACAGUCGCGACAGAGGCACCGUGCACCGCGGGAGCCACGACCCCGAACCGCCAGGACGCCUGCGCCUCUUCAUCUCGCCAGCAUACACGAAUAUUUUCGGGAGGACGCGCCCGAGGCAGCGUCGGGAGUGUACGGAAACCGAUCGAUGAGCGGUACGAGAAUGGACGGAGGCGGUGCAGCGACGGGAACCGGGAGCUUCGGAGUAAGUUCCGGCGCGGGGGUUGGGAUCGCGCCCGGUGGGAAGAACCAAGCGAGCCACAGGUACCCGAGCCCCGGGGCGACGUUCGACGGCAAAGUAACGACCUCGAGGUGCAACCUCGUCGUUGACGUCGUGGCCGAGCCCAGACUCGCAAUUAUCGAUUUUAAUCAGCUGACGAGGGGCGGUUUGGACCUGGCCACGGGAAAAAACCGAGCAAAGGUCGAACGUCAUCGCUCGCCGCAGCGACACGCUUGCAAUCCGGCACGACGAUGAUGGAAUGAUGCUCGACGCGCUCAAGCUUUCAACGUUUUCUCUAAUCUCGCCUUUUUGUAUUCGCGGUCGCGAGUCCCCCUCCGUCCUACCUCGGAAAAUUCCGAUUUACUUGAGAAAUUAACCGCGCUUUGUCCCCUCGAUCGCGAUCGCGCGCUUCCGGUUUCAGUGUAAAGAGGAAAUCUGGCGAACCGAGCAAAUUUAUCCCAAGUUCAAGCGCUCCUCUUCGGCGGCGACGGGAAAAUAUGAUUUUGUGUACUCCGAGGAGGAAGUUUUACGAAUAAAAUGGAAAAUUUGAGAA